CAGUCAUACAAACUAGGAUACAACACCUUCUCACCCUUCAAACAUGUCUCAGAAAGCCCACCUUCUCGAUUCCGAUGGCAAGAACAUCGAGAAUCAGCACUACUAUAAAAUCCGCCUCGCCGACGGCAGUGAACUCGGAUACGCGCCAAGCGGAAUGUCCAUCACCAGUGCCAAAGCCAUCUGUGCACCCAUGCCCUCCAAUGCAGGAGCCCUCUUCCGUUUCGUACCCAACGACGAUAGCAAAAAUGGCGUGCUGUGGACUGUUGGAGAUGUUGGAAGCCUAAAAGGAUUGCAGAGCAGGGAAGAUGGUACAGUGCUCAAAUUAGGCUUGAGCUUGUCGUCUCCCCCGACGGGUGGUACCGCGGCUUUGGGUUGGUAUGACUCGGCUUCGUGGGGAUUCACGGGGAAGCAGCUCCCAGGGAACAGAGUUGCGCUGUAUGCUCGGAACAAAGAUGCGAAGGAUGUUGGGCUGAUUGUUGUUGAUCUUGGGAGGAACGAGUCGGUACUUGUGGAGGAUCGUUCUGGGGACCAUAUUCCGUUGGACUGUCAGUUUGUGAGGAUGGCGCCGGUUACUGCCAAGUUCUGAUACAUAUAUCAGUAUGUUAGCAGUAAUAUUUCGAUGUAGACUCACAAUAUGCUACCUUUCGGUGUCGCGAUUGUUACUGAGAUAUGCAUAUCUUGUCAUUUGAGUUUGAGUUGCAGAGAAUAUAUAGACAAUGAACGCAUGAAUCCUUCGAGCUUGAGCAUGAACUUGCACCGGUCGUACAUCAUCUUCAUCGGUAACCUGAGUCCUUGUGGGAUUCGAUAUGUUAGUCGGUACAUG